AUGAUAUCUUUGAUCUUCUUACUCAUUUCGCUAAUCAAACGAUUGCUUUCACAAAUUCCAUUCCGGUCAACUCGAAUCUUUACCAUCGACGAAGUGAUGAAACGUAAAAAUGAUCGUUGGGUGAUCAUUGACGACGAUGUUUAUUGCCUUUUAUCAAUGAAAGCUCAUUCCGGUGGUCUAGAUAUUAUCGAAAAGCUCUCCGGAAGAGAUCUUACUCAACUGUUCUACGAAAUACAUUUAAAACCGGACUUGAUUAAAGAACAUUUGAAUAGAAAAUAUCGAAUCGGAAAGAUCCGUCUCAAUCCAAACAACAAAAAACCUUCGUUUUAUUUAAAAAAUCAUUUGAUACAAAGAAACCUGAAUUUCUCAAUUUCAAAUGAAGAUUGCCAAAUGAAAGAAGAGUUUAAGCAGCACGUCUUCAGUAAAAAUUUUCCAUGUCUAAACGCGAAAAUCGCGCUGAAACGAAAUGCAUUCGAUUUCGAUGUAUACGAUACUUUCUGCAGUGAAGAAACCACCAAACUUCUCUGGCAAAAUCUCAUGAAAUUCAUCAACAAACAAUCAUUCCUCUGGGAAAACAAUCACAUCUUCACCACCUAUGUGGCAUGUUUUCGUACACCGGAGAAUUUAAGUGAAGACAUCUUCGAAAUUUUGCUUUGGAAGCAAUUGCAGCAAUUACAUGAGGAAGACGUGAGGAACGGAAUGAAAUGGUCGAAGAACUAUUCCAAUGAUCCAUCGCAUACAGAUUUCGCAUUUAGUAUUGGAGAGCGAGGAUUUUUUCUUGUUGGCCUACAUCCUCAAAGUUCAAGAAACGGUCGACGGUUUUCCAAGAUCGCCAUUGCAUUUAAUUCUCAAGAUCAAUUUACAAAUCUUCGGAGAUUGAAUAUUCUAACUGAAAUUAAACAAGUAGUUCGUCAGAAUGAUUUGCUUUAUAACGGAUCGAUUAAUGCAAAUGUUAUAGAAAACGAAAAUGGUCCGGGUCCUUUUGAAUAUUCCGGCAAACUCAUCCAGCCGGAAUGGAAACCGAACUUUCAAGUCAAAACUUGA